AUGCCUUCAACCGAGCACUCCCCGAGUCCAGGGGAUCCGCACUCAAGUACGCACUCGAAGACGCAAAAAUCUUGUGGCGUCUGUUCGGAUUUUCGCACACUGAGACGGAAACAGGCGAAGGAAUAUCGCAAGUCAAAAGCACCUGCGACGACUACUGCUGAUGCAGUUACGACUGCUUCAGUUCCUACUCAGCCUAAAAAUUCUGAUGCAUAUGCUCCAUUUCCCUGCCCACCAGAUUCUGGAACUCUCGGUUCAUCGACGUGGACUUUUCUACAUACAAUGGCGGCCUAUUACCCAGAAAAUCCUUCGGUCGCUGAACAAUACUCGAUGCGCAAUCUCAUAUCCGCACUGGGCCGAUUCUACCCUUGUGGUUAUUGCGCUGAGCAUCUCAAAGGAGAGGUCCUGCGACGGCCUCCGGACGUGUCGUCUAACAGAGCACUCAGCCAGUGGUUCUGUGAGGUGCACAACGAGGUCAAUGAAAGACAAGGAAAGCCCCGGUUUGACUGCACUAAAGUAUUUGAGCGGUGGAGAGAUGGAUCAGCAGGAAGCGAAUGCUUUCCUGAUAUCGCUCAUGAGUAA